AUGGCUGCUCGAAUGCCAUUCACACUUCUAUCUGUUCUUCUGCUUUCAUCGAUGACAUUGCCCGGUUCGAGUCUUUCAAACAUAGACUUAUGGUGCAGAAGAACACCAAAUCCUGAGCUUUGUCUGUACUACAUGCGUCACAUCUCCAAAACCUUCAAUGUGAACCGAAAACCCGAGUUUGCAACUGCAGCCAUGGUGAUUGCUUUAGAACAAGCCAUCCGACUCAAAAACUUUGCGAUGCAGAUUGGUGACAUGAUCCAAAAUGAGGGUGAGAAGGCAGCGUGGGACGACUGCUAUGAGCUCUUUGACAACACCAUAUUAAGGCUCAAACAAACUGUCAGCAAUUAUGGUAUGUGCACCAAUUCAGACAUACAAACAUGGCUAAGCACGGCUCUAACAAACGUUGAGACAUGCUUGGCAGGAUAUAUAGAGAUGGGUGUUUCAAACGGUAUGCUACGCCACAUGUCAAACACUGUAUCCAAGUUAAUCAGCAAUGCUCUGGUGAUUAACAAGGUUGCGCCCCGUGUGCCAUGGUACAACAAUGUUUUCCCCACCUGGGUCCCGGACCAUGACCAAAUGCUCUUAUUGGCACCUAGUCCUAGUCCUAGUCCAGGUGGUUCGGGUGACAGUUACCUGGUGGUGGCUCAAGAUGGCUCGGGUGAUUUUGGAACCAUUAAUGAAGCUAUUGAGGCUGCAUCGAAGAGAGAAUGGAUGGGAAGGUUUCUGAUUUAUGUGAAGGAAGGUAAUUAUAAUGAGUAUGUUCAAAUAGAUGGCAAUGUGAAAAAUAUAACGAUGGUUGGUGAUGGCAUAGGGAAGACAAUUGUAACUGGAAAUAAGCAUGCCGGAGGAAACACUACCACUUUCAGGACAGCCACCUUUGCUGUGACCGGAGAUGGAUUCAUUGCUCGUGAUAUAACAUUCCGAAACACAGCAGGACCCUCAAAUGGCCAAGCCGUGGCACUGCGGUCGGGAUCUGAUUUCUCUGUCUUCUACAAAUGCAGCUUCGAAGGGUACCAAGACACAUUAUAUGUCCAUUCCAGCAGACAAUUCUAUAGAGAAUGUAACAUAUCCGGAACCGUCGAUUUUAUCUUUGGAAAUGCAGUUGUAAUAUUCCAAAACUGCAGUAUCUAUGUCAGGAGGCCACUGAGAAGCACCAACACAAUCACAGCACAAAAUAGAUCUGACCCACAUCAAAACACUGGAAUUGUGAUACAUAACUCUGAAGUACUGGCCAGUGAAGAGCUCAAUCCAGUGCUAACUACAGUGAGAACAUACCUUGGAAGGCCUUGGGGGAAUUAUUCUCGGACUGUUGUUCUCAAAACUUAUCUUGGCAGCUUGAUUGAUCCGGCCGGGUGGUCUAAAUGGGAUGAUAAUACUAAUGUUAAUGAACUGUACUACGGAGAGUGUAACAAUUCAGGUCCUGGUUCUUCAACAGCAAAGAGAGUUCAAUGGGGUGGUUUUCAUGAUAUAAGAAGCUUAUCUGAAGCCUCUAAAUUUACAGUAGAAAACUUUUUAGACGGUGACUCUUGGUUACCAUCCACCAAUCUACCUUACACUUCUGGUCUUUGA